AUGCCAGCCUAUAAAGUACUAUAUUACAUAUCGAAUGGAAGCAAUCAUCGUUUAUUAAAUGCAGCGAAAGAAUUUCAAAAAUGUAUGAAUAUUGAAAUAGAUAUAUUACUUUUCAUUGAAACCUAUAAGAUUCGAAUUUGGAAGCAACGAACUGCUGGUUUUCGAUAUGAAAUUUUACCGGAAUCAUUGAUUGCUAAUGAAAAAACAUCAUGUGACAUUUGCUCAAGCAUCGAUAUUAUGAAUGCAUUUUGUAGCUAUGCUGAUUUUGCACCAGUUAUCGGUUGUUCAGACAAAGAUGAAAUUAGUCGAAUUUAUAUCGCCAAAAUGGAAUUCAAUGUGGUACAUAUCAUUUGUUCACCAACAAUUUCCCAAUACAUACAAAUUGCUCGGGAACAAUCCGAAAAUGUGCCUUGCCAAUUAGUGUGA